CAUGACCCCGGGUGGUCGGGCUUCGAACCCGCGCCCCGCCCACCGCGCGGGAGGGGGCGUGGUGGGGCGUGGCCACGGCUCUUUUCUUCCCAGCCCCGGGCUGCGGAGCCCCGCGCCGUCUGCCGCCGCCGUCUGAGCGAGUCCGCGCCGCUUUCCGCGAUGAAGGCCGCCUCCGCGUUCGUGGUCGAGAGCCCAGACGUGGUCUACACGCCCGAGGCCAUCGAGGCGCAGUACGACUACCGGACCACGCGCGUCGCCCGCGAGGGUGGCGUCCUAAAGGUGCAGCCCACGUCCACGCGCUUCACUUUCCGGACGGCCCGGCAGGUGCCCCGGCUCGGGGUCAUGCUCGUCGGCUGGGGCGGGAACAACGGCUCCACGCUCACGGCCGCUGUGCUGGCCAACCGCCUGCGCCUGUCGUGGCCCACGCGCGCCGGCCGCAAGGAGGCCAACUACUAUGGCUCGCUCACCCAGGCGGGCACCGUGAGCCUGGGCCUGGACGCCGAGGGCCAGGAGGUGUUCGUGCCUUUCAGCGCGCUGCUGCCCAUGGUGCAGCCCGACGAUCUGGUGUUCGAUGGAUGGGACAUCUCCUCAUUGAACCUGGCAGAGGCCAUGCGGCGCGCACAGGUCCUGGACUGCGGCCUGCAGGAGCAGCUGUGGCCGCACAUGGAGACUCUGCGCCCGCGGCCUUCGGUUUACAUCCCCGAGUUUAUCGCUGCUAACCAGAGUGCACGCGCUGACAAUCUCAUCCCAGGCACACGCGCACAGCAGUUGGAGCAGAUCCGCAAGGACAUCCAGGACUUCCGCUCCCAGGAGGGGCUGGACAAGGUCAUCGUGCUGUGGACAGCCAACACGGAGCGCUUCUGCGAUGUGGUCCCAGGCCUCAACGACACCGCGGAGAACCUGCUGCACACCAUCCAGCUUGGAAAGGAGGUUUCCCCAUCCACCCUUUUUGCUGUGGCCAGCAUUCUGGAGGGCUGUGCCUUCCUCAACGGGUCCCCGCAGAACACGCUGGUGCCCGGAGCACUUGAAUUGGCCGAGCAGCACCGCGUGUUCGUGGGCGGCGAUGACUUCAAGUCGGGCCAGACGAAGGUGAAGUCAGUGCUCGUGGACUUCCUCAUCGGCUCCGGCCUCAAGACCAUGGCCAUCGUUAGCUACAACCACCUGGGCAACAACGACGGCCAGAACCUGUCGGCACCACAGCAGUUUCGCUCCAAGGAGGUGUCCAAAAGCAGCGUUGUGGACGACAUGGUGCAGAGCAACCCGGUGCUGUACUCACCUGGCGAGGAGCCUGACCACUGCGUGGUCAUCAAGUACGUGCCCUACGUGGGUGACAGCAAGCGCGCCCUGGACGAGUACACUUCAGAGCUGAUGCUUGGUGGAACCAACACACUGGUGCUGCACAACACGUGUGAGGACUCGCUGCUGGCGGCACCCAUCAUGCUGGACCUCGUGCUGCUCACUGAGCUGUGCCAGCGCAUCAGCUUCUACACAGACAUCGACCCCGAGCCACAGCACUUCCACUCGGUGCUGUCCCUGCUCAGCUUCUUGUUCAAGGCGCCGCUCGUGCCGCCUGGCAGCCCAGUGGUGAACGCACUCUUCCGCCAGCGCAGCUGCAUCGAGAACAUCCUCAGGGCCUGUGUGGGGCUCCCACCGCAGAACCACAUGCUCCUGGAGUACAAGAUGGAGCGCCCGGGUCCCAGCAGCAAGCGUGCCAUGCCUAUGGGCGCCACCGCUGGCCUGCUGCGCUGCAAGAAAGGAACGGUGCCCGCGGCUGCCAAUGGCUGCACUGGCGACACCAAUGGGCACCCACAGGGCUCACCCCAAAUGCCCAUGGUCUGAGCUGCAAUGCUAGGCCCGGCUUCCUGCCCCAAAGGACCCAACCCUCCCCGUCCCCAAAUACAAUAAAACCAGUGUCCCAUCCA